UCCUGCAACUGAAUGGACUUCUCUCUGGGCUUACGUCUGGGGCCUCGAAACAAGGCCACCCAGCAACAACCUCCUGCACCCCCUGUGCAUAGCCCUCCAGCUGCCUCUCUUUGUCUCUCCUGUCCUUCCUCUGCCUGUGCCUGCCCCUGCCCUGGCUGCCCUCCUCCCACCUGUUCCUCCUGCACUGCCUAUCCCUCUUACACAACCACCUGUCCCUCCUGUCCCAGACUCCCUGGCCCACCCUGCACCUGCACCUGCCCUCCCUGCCCUGCCUGUCCUCCCUCAACACAUCCCCAUAGGCCCUGUGUCCCAUGCUCUGGCCCUCACUUGCCUUGUUGCCAUCCCUCACCUUGCCCCAUUUACCCUUGUACCAAGGGCCUAUCUGCCUGUCCCAGCUCCUGCCUGGGCUACAGUGACAACUGUAGCUGUGGCCAAGGACCUACCUGGGGGCCUCCAGGCUCCAUUGGCCACCGCAGUUGCUGCUUCACAGGACAACACACCUCUCAGAGGCACUGUCUGAUCGUCUAGGUGGGCAGUUGCCCCCUACAGAGACUGUCAGGCUGCUGGGGCACUUCUGUAGCUGCUUUUUCAGGCAAGAGGCAGAAGCUCUGGGUGGAGCGAGGGGGCUCACCUAGACUCCUCGCCCAGAAGGUAAAGGCAGAAGGUUACUCAGAGCCUCUGGCUUCCCCCUCAGUUCUGGGGGUGAGAACAGGCAUCUGCUUUGAAAUUAGUUUCUGGGCAUGUUCCUGCUGGUUCCAGAAACUCCUCUUUUGCUCUUCUGCAGCUUUUGGAAUGGAAAUUCUUCUCAGAUCCUCUUCCAAGGCCCCUGAAGGAUAUCCAAAUAACAGUAAGUGGUACAGAAAACUUAUUUACAGAAGCAUUUCAACUAAUAUGGAAGGAUAUGGAAUCAGAAAAAUCACCAUUUUGCAACCCCUAAUGAAAUAACUGAUCAAACAAGAAUUUUCAAUGGAUGAAACAAGGAUCGUGGUGGAUGGAGAACUUUACAAUGGAGGGAUCAAGUUGUCACCACCGGCCCCCACUGGUGAAUCUUAGCACUGCUAAAGGGGCACAGCCACACACUGUAUGCCUCCUGAUGGGAUGCAGUCUGAAGCAUUCCACUCCACCUAUGAAGGGCUCUUGCCAAAUGAAAACACUGAGCAUUGUUCUAAUCAAAUCUCCAGAGCUAAUCUCCAUUUAACAGGAAAUACUGCAGAUGGAAGAACAAGUUAAAUGACACAAUGAGGAAGUAAGAAGACACAUCCAGCAUGUGGGAUAUUCUAAAGGAAAUCUGACCCAAUUUCUUCAAGUUGUCAAUGGCUGGGUGGGGUGGGGGUGGGUAGGUAAGAGGUGACCAACACAAGGAACAUAAGGGCCUUGUUUGGUUUCUGAUUUGGACAACCCAACUGUAAAAGGACAUUUUCAGACAGUUUGGGACAGUUAAUUAUGGACUGGAUAUUUGUGAGGCCAAGGAAUCAGUAUUGAUUUUGUUAGAUAUAAAAAUGACUUUGGGGCCCUGUAAAAAAAAAAAAAGGAUAUUUUCUAGAGAUGCAUACUUAAGUAUGGAGUGAAGUGACAUUUUUAAUUUUAAAUGUUUUGGCAAAUAAAAAAAGGACAGAAAGAGUGGCAGAAUCAAUAACGUUGAAUUAAGUGUACAAAGGUUCACAGAAUUAUGUUCUCUACCUCUGUGUAUGCUUGAACAUUUUUGUAGUAAAUGUUUUAAAUGAUGCUCCUCUGGUAAACAUGAUUCCUAGUAACUCCUAGAACAUCCUCCCCACCUGCCCUGAAAGACCUCCCAUGUGUGACUUCUCACACACAGACCCCAGCUCUCCAUGCCCUCUUCUGGAAGAAUGUACUAGGGAUGGAUUGUGCUCACAGGCUGCCCUUUAUCCCCUCCAGUUCUCUGCUGACACAUUCCUCAUGUUUGGCACUUUCCCAGCUGAGCCUCACAGCUCUGAAGGGCCAGGGGAACCUUAAAGAAUAAACCUAUUUUGAAUAGUUCUUAAA